AUGGCGACAAACGGAUCACCAAGGAAUCGCCCCCUCGUCCCCGGCAUCUACGUCCCAACCGUCGCCUUCUACACGGAUGACGAGGAAGUCGACAUCCCCACCGUCGAGAAGCACGCGACCUACCUCGCCAACGCCGGUGUCGCUGGCCUCGUCGUGCAAGGCAGCAACGGCGAAGCCGUCCACCUCGACCGCGAGGAACGCAAGCUCAUCACGGCCGCGACCCGCCGCGCCCUCGAUGCCGCAGACGCCCCCGCCACGCCCGUCAUCGUCGGCUGCGGCGCCCCCUCCACGCGCGAAACCAUCCAGCUCUGCACGGACGCCGCCGCCGCCGGCGGCGACUACGUCCUCGUCCUGCCCCCGAGCUACUACAAAUCCCUCGUGAGUCCCGAGUCGCUGCUCAACUACUUCCGCGACGUCGCCUCCGCCUCCCCGAUCCCCGUGCUCAUCUACAACUUCCCCGGCGCCGCCGCCGGCCUCGACCUCUCCUCCGACGACAUCCUCGCCCUCGCAAAACACCCCAACAUCGUCGGCGUCAAGCUCACCUGCGGCAACACGGGCAAGCUCGCCCGCAUCGCCGCCCAGGCAAAACCCAACUUCCUCACCUUCGGCGGCUCCGUCGACUUCACCCUCCAGACCCUCGUCGCCGGCGGCGCCGGCAUCAUCGGCGGCACCGCCAACCUCAUCCCGCGCGCCUGCGUGCGUCUCAUGGACCUCUACCGCUGCGGGAAGCUCGACGAGGCGCAGAAGCUGCAGGCCGUCGUCGCCCGCGCUGACUGGCUGGCCAUCAAGGGUGGCUUUGUUGCCGUUAAGAGCGCCCUGCAGUCGUAUCGCGGGUACGGUGCGCUGCCGCGAAGGCCGUGUGUCGCGCCCUCGCCGGAGGAGGCCGCGGCCCUGAAAGAGGCGUUCCAGGAGAGUAUGGAGGUGGAGCGGAGUCUGGAGGUUUCAGCUUGA